CCCCACACACCUUGCUGAAGGUGGAGUAGAGUUUCACCAUGCAGAGACAGAGAGCGAGUUCAGAGAGACGGGAGGAGAGACAGGAGGAUGGACAGUCUAUCAUCACCACCCUUCAACUUCUGCUUUCUGAUGCCAUUCAGAUUCCUCUUCAACAAAUGUGCACAUCCAUGCGUCCCCAGACAGCCGUGAGAGUUUGCUGAAAAACAUCAGAAUCAGGGCUGAGAUGUGGAUACGCAUAGUUCUGACCUUCAUUUAUUCUGCUCUUCUUCUGUCAGGAGUCGGGGCUAGUAAAUGGCUGGUGUAUUUCUCCAGGACGGACAUCUGUGUUUGGGCUGGGACAACAGUAACGCUGCCGUGCCGCUAUGAUUAUCCGUCACCCUUCAGUUCCACGCGGGUCAUGUGGUUUCACAUAUCUGAUGAUGGUCGACGGGAAAUCGCUUUCCACACUGACGCGGGUCUGUUGAGCCCUUCAUACCGGGACAGGAUCAAAUACAUUGGAGGCUACAAAAGAUGCAGCCUGCAGAUCACUAAUGUGAAGCUGAGCGAUGCGGGAAUGUACCAUUUCAGAUUCGAAACCGACAACCAGCAGGGAAGAUGGACGUCUCCUGAUGCUAUUACGUUGUCCGUCACAGAGCUUCAGGUUAACGUACAUCCGCCCAGAAUUGGUAACAUGUUUGCUGCCGGUGAGACGGUUUUCCUGAGUUGUGUGGCACGAGGUUGUGCUGCUCCUGGAAAGAGUUUUGCCCUUUAUCGAAAUGGAGUAAACUUGGGUCAGUCCAGCAAACUGUCCGCCAUCUAUAACUUCAACAGUCAGCAUGCUGGAACCUACACCUGUCGCCCUUUACCCAUUCAAAACGUCCAGUCCCCGGGGCUCACUCUGGCUCUGGGAUAUCCUCCUCGCUACACCGCGAUUCAGAUCAGCCCUCGAGAGGCCGUCCGAGAGGGCGAUUCGGUGACUCUGACCUGCAGCAGUGAUGGAGCUCCGCCAGCAGAAAGCUUUGCCUGGUUUAAAGAAGGAGAGAGUGGCAGUCUGCCAGACAGCUUUAAACCUGAGCUGAGGCUGUGGAGUUUGGACUACAGGGACUAUGGGGAGUAUUUCUGUGUGGCCCGAAACCCGCUCGGCACAGACCGGUCCAGACCUGUUCUGCUGAACCUCACCUACCCGCCCAAAAACACAAGGAUCCUCAUCAGUCCUAAAGGAGACAUCAUGGAAGGCUUUUCAGUCAAUCUGACCUGCAGCAGCAACGCUAACCCUCCUGUGCUGAAAUACGCCUGGUAUAAAGUGAACGGUGGGCAACCCUGGACUAAAGGCACGGCGCAAAAUCUCACUUUCUUCAGUGUGCGUUCCCAUCAUGCCGGACAGUACUACUGCACUGCUUGGAACGCAUUUGGCAUGGGGACGUCGCCUACUAUUUCCCUUCCAGUGCUUUAUGCCCCUAAAAACACCUCUGUUUUGGCUCAGCCCUCCACUGUGAUCGAAGCGGGCAGCUCGCUGACACUGACCUGCAUCAGUCAGGCCAAUCCGGCGGUGGAGAACUACACCUGGCACCGGAUCAAUACGGCUGACGCCUGGGAAACUCGAUCGGGCCCCAGCUACACCAUUGCUGAGGUCAGUUCUGGAGCCAGCGGACAGUACUACUGCGAGGCCCGCAACCGCAUCGGUGCACACAGCUCCCCCAUACUCACCGUCAAGGUUCGAGGCCGACUGAAAGUGAUCGCGCUGGCAUCUGCAGUAGGGGUUUCUAUUGGAUUGAUCUCACUGACUGUGGUCGUCAUGAUCAGUAAAAACAUGCAUCGUGUGGACACUGAAAAUCUUGAGGAAGAAAAACAGUGUUCACCAGUGGUUGAUUUACCAGUGGAUCACACUUCAUUUAGUGAAUCGACUUCACAGACGUUUCUCCUCAAGGGCACAAAAAUGUCUGACAUCCCGGAGGAGCCAGAGGAGGUGUAUGAAAGUAGCCAUCCAUCCAUCGUGCCCUUGAAAGAUGCAGCUCCGAGCUCUGAGGAACAGGGAAAAAUCAACUACAUUACGGUGCAUUAUUCUCGCAUGCCCAGUCGGGACCAAGUGGAGGUCACAAACAUACCGCUAGAUGGAGGGAAGAAGCUCAAAGAUGGCGCUAAUGUAGUUUAUUCUGUUCUUGCCAUGCAGUCAAGAGAGGGAAUGGAGGAGUCUGGAAUCUGAAGGUCGAUUAGUGAAACCAAUCAAAAUUGUGAAAAUACUGUACACAGGGAUUUUUGUUUACUACUAGAGCAUGGAUGUAAGAGACUUGAGAACCACACAAAUAAAAGAAAUUUGGUGGCCUGUU